AUGAGCUACAACCCCGCCUACUGUUGGAUCCUUGGCCUGACACUGGGCCCCUUCUUCACACAAACACACCGGGGCCCGCAACUGGGACGCAACGCCCUAGGUGAUUCCGGAGUGAAACUGGUGUCUGCGGCUCUGAGGAACCCGGGCUGUAAAAUACAGAUGCUGUGGCUGCAACGUGUCGGUCUCACAGAUUCUGGAGCCGAGGAUCUCGCCUCCGCUCUCAGUACAAACCACACGGUGACGAAGCUGAACCUGAGUGAGAAUAAACUGGGAGAUUCCGGAGUGAAACUGGUGUCUGUGGCUCUGAGGAACCCGGACUGUAAAAUACAGACACUAUUGCUGAACAGUGUCGGUCUCACAGAUUCUGGAGCCGCGGAUCUCACCUCCGCUCUCAGUACAAACCACUCACUGACGAAGCUGUGGCUGGGUGAUAAUAAACUUGGAGACUCCGGAGUGAAACUGGUGUUUGCGGCUCUGACGAACCCGGACUGUAAAAUACAUAGACUGGGGCUGGAUGGUGUUGGUCUCACAGAUUCUGGUGCCGAGGAACUCGUCUCCACUUUCAGUACAAAUACUUCGCUGACGGAGCUGUACCUGGCACAGAACUCCCUCACAGACCAAUCUGUCCCCGCUCUCCACCGCCUCAUACUGGCCCUCCCCAGACUGAAGUGGAUCAGGCUGGGGGCGAAUAAGUUCAGUCCGACCGGGAAGAAGGAACUGAGGUCGAUGCAGGAAUCCAGAUGCAGACUGAGAGUGGCCGUGUGAACAUCUCUGGGUGUAAACGUCACCGCCCUGGGGACGGGAAUAAUGUUGUCCGAUUCCUCGCCCACCCC